AGAGGCGCUCUGCACACGCCUAGAGACUCCCGGCUUCGGGGAAGCGCUCCGCCCAGCUUGACGCUCCGCCCGGGAGCAGGGACGCGCGCAGAAGCAGGCCAGGCCGGCGGCGGCGGAGGAAGAGGCGGAGGGAACGAUCGCUUGGAGAGGCAAGGACCGAUUCCCGCUAUGGCAGCCCAGCCCAUCCCAGUCUCAAAGCAGACCAGGGAGGUGGUGGGGGGUAUCCCAACGGAGGUGGUGUGCACUGCCUUUGGAGCCACGGUCCUGGUAGUGGUGACCCAGUAUGGAAAGAUGGGGACUCUGGUCUCAGUGGAGCCUGAUGCGGUAGCUGAAGGGAUCAGCAGACCUUUGUGGACCACCAAAGUUCUCCUCGGCAAAGAUGAGCCUCUUGUCCACAUCUCCGCCAAGCAUCUGGUGACCUCGGUGUCUCAGGAAGCUGGCAACAAGGGCGUUCUACUGGCGAUGGCUCUGAAGGACAGAAGCAUUGAAGGCAUCCGGGCGCUGAAGGAACUCAUCCACCGGUGCCGAGUGUGGUGACGGUGGGCCAGAAAAAUUCUUUGGAUGCCAGAGAUACCUGGCUGAGGUUAAUUUUGGUUUGGACGCAGACUGGAUUGUUUACAUUGAGGUGUCCGACCUUGGCAACUUUAAAACUUGUGGACUUCAAUUCCCAGAAUUCCCUAGCCAACAUGGCUGGCUACUGGGGAAUUCUGGGAGUUGAAGUCCACCAGUCUUAAAGUUGCCAAGGUUGCACCCCGCUUUUGUACACGUUAACUUUUUUUUUUCUUUUAAUGACUUAUUUUGAAGCUUGAAAAUGAAUAUCUGUGGGUAAGCUGAGAAAAGAGGUGGAUUCAUUGUUACGUAAACAUUCAACAAUACCUGUUCCCAAGUUUGAUGUUGUACCUUCCUAGAAAUUAGCGCCAACAAAUUUCACAGCAGGUUUUCCUAGUUAAUUGUAUUUUUCUGCUGAAAUCCAUGGAAUUUUCAGUAGCUGAACAAGAGGCACAUUUUUCCCAGCGGUAACGUUUAACCCGCUCCAUUUUUUUCCUUACAUUUCAGUUUUAUAGCACAUCGGAAAUAGUUCAAAUCACAAACAGUAUUCAACUAUCCUCCUAUUGAGGGUUUCUCCUACACCCUUUCUCAUUCUGAAAGCGACCCAAAUAAAUUCAGAAUAAUUUUGCUGCCAUCUUCUGAAACUACAGUAUUUUGUUCUUGCUUGAUGAAAACAAUAAAGGAAUUGCAACAUGUUUAUAAUAA